CCCCUACACCGUCCCAACCCUUUCUCUCUCACACACAGUAGACAUAUAAAAGCGCAGUAGAUAUUCUUUGGGGAUUUCACAGUUGAUAGGAGCCCACUAUUAGUCUAAUAUCCCAGUCAUGGAGGAGGGAUACAGAAUUGACCUGGACUACAUCACGGAGCGCAUCAUCACCUUAUCCUUCCCUCAGGCAUGCCCAGACCAGACCUACCUCCAGAACCUGCGUGACAUCACACAGAUGCUCAAAUCCAAACAUGGCCACAACUACAUGGUGAUCAACCUCUCAGAGAAGAAUGAUAGCCUGACCCAGAUGAACCCCAAGGUGUUGGACACGGGCUGGCUAGAGCUGCUGGCCCCGUCCAUGGAACAGAUGUGUGGUGUGUGUAAGACCAUGGAUAACUGGCUCCACUCACACACACAGCKUGUUCUGGUCAUGCACUGUCGGGGUGGUCAAGGCAGAGUCGGGGUGAUGGUGGCCUCCUACAUCCACUUCAGCAGCAUAUCAGCAAGUGCAGACCUGGGUCUAGACCACUUUGCCAUGAGAAGGUUCUACAACGACAAAGUAUCUUCCCUGAUGAAUCCCUCGCAGAAACGGUAUGUGUGGAUGUUCAGCAGUCUGCUGAGGGGAGUUAUGAACAUGGAUCACUCUCCUCUCUUCCUCCUUUGUGUGGUUCUUCACGGCGUGCCCAACAUCAAUUCUGAGGGAGGAUGUCGUCUGUUCCUGAGAGUGUACCAGAGCCUGCAGGUCGUCUGCACUUCAGCAGUCUAGUGAGAUACCAUACUCAUUGACAAUUCAUUUGGAUGUUCCUGAUAGUCAUAGUAUCAACAAACGAUCUGUUGAAAAGCAACUAUUUGCUAAGGUUACAGUUACACUCUUAGAAAAAAGGUGCUAUCUAAAACCUAAAAGGGUUCCUUAGCUGUCCCCAUAGAACACUUUGAAGA